AUGGUCUUGUGCUUUUGGUUGAGUUUGAUGUUGUGGGCGCCUUAUGGAAUUCUCGAAGCUCGUCCGGCGCUAUCGGACGUGCAUUCCUCCACGGAUUUAUUAGAAAACGUCGCGCGCAGAAGUCGCGGCGAAUCUUCACCGAAACCGAAGUCGGCGGACCUCCCGGAGAGCGACAAGGUCGAUGCUCGCAUCAAACGGAGGAACUCUUUGCUACACCAAAUCUCAAACGUCAAGGCCUCUAUCGAUGAUCCGGACAAUGCGUCGGUGACAACGAGCAAAAAAACCAACGUUUUAGGCAACGUCUUCAUUUCGGUGAAAACUACUCGUCAGAACCACCGAGUCAGAUUGCCUGCAAUACUUCAAACGUGGUUCCAGCUCGCUAGAGAACAGACAUAUUUCUUCACUGACGCAGAAGAUGCCGAAGUCUCGCGUGCCAGCGGUGGUCAUCUCGUGAUGACGGGCUGCGCAUCAGGACACACUCGUCAGGCGCUCAGCUGUAAAAUGAAUUCCGAAUUCGAUGCCUUCGUUCUCAGUGCCAAAGAGUGGUGGUGCCAUUUCGACGACGACAAUUACGUGAAUGUAGUUUCCCUGGAGAAAACGCUCAAAUCCUUCAACUCUUCCGAGCUCUGGUAUUUGGGCAGGGACUCGAUACGACCGACGAUUGAUCUGACCACGAAACAGUGGGGCGACGUUCGAUUCCGGUUCGCAACCGGAGGAGCAGGAUUCUGCAUCAGCAGGGCGCUGGCCAACGAGAUGAAGCCACACGCAUUCAAAGGUCGUCUGAGGGAGCUUUCGGAAGAAAUCCGGCUGCCUGAUGACGUCACCGUGGGCUUCUUGGUAGAGGUCAUCGUCGGAGCCAAACUGACCGCUCUGCCGAAUUUCCACUCUCAUCUCGAAGAAAUGCUUCUCAUUCGGAAGCCUCUACGAAACCAAAUUAGCUUGAGCUACAACUCGAAAAGGAAGAACUUCGUGCCCGUCGAACAGCUCUUGCCAAGAGAUCCGACCAGGUUCCUGUCGAUACACUGCGAGAUAUUCCGCGAGCUUCCCACGUGCAAACGCUUCCGGAGGCGGCGGUAGCUCAUCAAGGGAGUUUCUCAUUCGGGCGAAGAACUAUUCGGUCCCCUAUCAGACGAGGGCUUCGGACCUCGCAACGGGUUCUCGUUCCGAAAUCGACCGGGAAGUCGAGGACUCUCUCCUCCAGAGCUGAACGAUCCUCGCCCCCAACGAUUUGUGAUUUGUGAAACUAGAUCGCAAGUCGCGUGUAAAGCUUUCGGAAAGAUGUCGAUGUAUAUAUCUCCCAGAGUUCAAUUGUCAUUGAUGGCUGUUCUCUCUGAAUCGACGCGCGAAUUUUGUGAAUAAAGAACACUGUGAUAUCGGA